CCUCUCUCUAUUGAUCAUCAUGUCGAUGACUCUACGGCGUUUUUUGCCCCGCCAAAGUUUUUAUUUACAGAAAUAUUAUUAAUUACAAUAAUAACGUGGUUUAUAAUAGUUUAUAAAUUUAGGAAAAUAAAGUGAUCAUGGACGAAGUUGACAACGCUCAAAUAAUUGUUAUUGCAGAUGAUGUUUGUAGGAGAGCCGGUAUUGCGACAACUUGGAUCAGUAGCAACAGAUUCGGAAUUCAUGCGUACAAACAUGUGAACCAAAAUUCGAAAGAUACUAAAAGCCAAUUUGCACCUUGUGACGCAAAAGUACAUUUUCUCCGGCCAGAAAUUAUAUUAUUUUCGCCACUUUUGCGUAAACUGGUCAAUGAAAGUAAUGGUAUUUUCUUAUCAGUACAGAAGCUUAAGUCUUCCUCCUCUGGUGACAUUAGGCCAGAGCUUCUUAAGCACAGCAAACAGUAUAGAUCUAUAUUGCGAGCCUGUGUUGAAAACUUACAAGAGAUACUGCCAAAGGAGCCGUUAUCUGAAGAGAAAGUGAUGCUGGAGAAUUUUCUUACUAUAUUUUAUCAAGUGGAAUGUGUCUGGCACUUAACAGAGAUUCUUUAUGUAGAUGUUGUACCAGGUGAUGUUGUGCUACCACAGUUGUUAGAAUGGAUCAGCUUUCACUUUCCCUCAAGGGAGUUAGCAGCAGCAAAGAUUCUGUUGCAGAAAAGCAUCGGCGCUGAUUUAGAAAAUUUGAAUUAUUGGGAAGCUGUAAUAGGCUGUGCAUUUCAUGGUAAAUUAAAUCUAGUUUGUCGCCUCCUAGCGUUACACAGCAAAGCGGACCAUUCGGCGUUCAUUACCGCGGACAAUAUUAUCAGAACAAUGCCAGUAUACAAUGUGUAUGGUGGAUAUUCCGUAAAUGAAUUUAUUAUGCGGUGGAAGCACUGGCAAAUGGAUCUCUGUUCUAAUCUGGAGACAAACUGCUUCGUCAUAGAUAGUAAUCUAGAAAUGCUUAUGAAGUUGAUAGCAGGAGACGAAUCAGUAUUAUGGGAAUAUUCCAUGUACACAGAAGCGUGGUAUGAAUUAUUGGCAGCAAAGCUAUUUUAUUCAGCUCCCUGUUGCAAACAGAUGGAACUUUCGCGCUAUGCGAACAGUAUUGCCGAGAGAUGGCAAGCCAAUAGGCACUUAGAUCGCGUAAUCCUUGCUUUAAUGGAAAACGAUUUGUAUCAAGUUAUCAAAGAAAUCCAAUAUAUGAGUGAUAAUGGCUGGUUCGCGGCCCACCUAAUGGACCUGUUAUACAAAUGUGGAAAAUUGAACAUUCUCAGUAAAGAUAAGACCAAUGUGACCUCACAGCUUCACGAAUCUCUCAUAUUGGAGUAUGGCACCACGUUGAUGAGCCAUCGCUCAUUGUGGCAGUGCGGUGCGAGUUACUUGAUACAUUGUCCCACGCAGGGUUUGGCCAGAUUGGAUAUUCUGUUGCAGUCGCUACCGACAGGCACAGAAGCAAGGAUCAACAAAAUCAUCGACGUCGCACGAGACAAUAACAUGCCGCACGUUGUCACUAGCAUAUGCAAGAUUCAGGGAAUGAAGAGCAUAAAACAAGGGAGAUUAGGCAAUGCUCUUACAUGGGCGCUAAAGGCACAUGAUGGCAACUUUACCACAUAUAUUGCAGACCAGUUUUUGAAGCAUUACGCGGAACACGGGGAACUGGAGUGUCGCGAUUUGCUGGAAAACUUGGGUUCCUGUAUGCUGGCCAGCGACAGACUUACAUUUUUGGGAAAAUAUUGCGAGUUUCAUCAUAUGUACGGAAUGGGCGAAUUUCGCGAAGCAGCAAGUCUGUUGGUGUCCCUUUUAGUCUCGAAUUUGACACCGAAGUAUUUCUGGUCCAUCCUGCUCACGGACGCUAUACCACUGUUGGAAGCAGAAGAUGUAAUCUUUACCUCAAAUGACUGCUAUGAGCUGCUACGUUGUGUGGAGGCUCAUGGCAAUGAUCCAAAAUUCCAAGAUAAGAUUUCCAUUUUUCGAAUAGGCGUCGCACGAAAUCUAGCGCGAGCUUUAAGCUUAGAAGGCUGUCAGGCCGAACAUUGACUCAAUCAUUAUUGUAUCAUCUUGUAUAAAGUGAUAUCAAUAUUUUCUUUAAUAAAUUGUAAUUACAUUUCUAAAUA